UGUUGUUUUUGUGACGUGAAAUGCUGCAUGUCAAAUUGCAAUUGCUGUUGGCUUGGGUCGCGGGCCUUUCCGUCGCACACGCUGCGAUCAUCAAAUUGCAUGCGGAUGAUUUAAAGACACCCUGGGAAUUAACCGAGGCGAUUUACGGCACCGCCGGCCUUCGUGGCUUCAACGGCACCUGGAUAACAGAUGAGGAGUUCUAUUAUACUGCCAGCGAUAGAUCCAUUCACAAAUUCAAUGCAGCCACUCAGAAGGAUACAAUUUUUCUGGAAUCCACUUUUUUGAACUCUUAUACAGGCGCCACAUUUACGCUCUCGCCGGAUAAUACGAAAAUAUUGGUGCGUCACAAUUUGACGGAGAAGUUCCGGCACUCGUACGUGGCGCAAUACGAUGUUUAUGACAUUGCCACGGAUGCGGCGAUAAAGAUACACAAGGGCGAGAAGCUGCAGUAUUGUGGCUGGUCACCACUCAAGGGCCGACUGGCCUAUGUCUACCAGAACAAUGUGUACAUACAUUUCGCGGAGAACAUGGAGAUAGCCAUCACGGAGGAUGGCAAGGAUGGCAUUGUCUACAAUGGUGUGCCCGAUUGGGUCUACGAGGAGGAGGUGCUGAGCAGUGGCAGCGCUCUCUGGUGGUCAGCAGAUGGCACCAAACUGGCUGUGGGCUUUUUCGAUGAUACCAAAGUGCAGACCUUUAAGUAUUUCCUCUACGGCGAUGGUGCCAAUGCGUAUUCGCAGUAUCCGCACGAAGAGGAGCUCAAGUAUCCGAAAUCGGGCACACCCAAUCCGAUUGUCUAUCUGCGUGUCUAUGAUCUGACCGACAAUGAUCCCAAUAUGAAACGCAUCAACGCACCUGUCGAUAUUGUCAGCUCCGAUCACAUUCUCCAGAAUGUGGUCUGGUCGAAUAGCAGUCAUCUGCUCAUCACCUGGAUGAAUCGCCGCCAGAAUCUCGCCUCGCUCCAAAGUUGCAGCCAUUUGGGCGUCUGUGCGGAGGUGAAGCGCAUCGAAGAGCCCGACGGCUGGGUGGCCAUGAGCACACCCAAGUGCCUGAAGGAUGGCCUCAACUGCAUCUUUGUCUACUUCAUCAAUAACUGGUAUCAGGUGUGGAAUCUUGACCUGCUAACGGGCGAGAACAUCUGGAAGAGUCGUGGCAGAUUCACUGUGCUCAAUAUCUAUGGCUAUGAUGAGGUCAAUGAUAAGCUAUACUAUCAGGCCACUCAGCUGGGUGAUCCGGCGCAAUAUCAUGUGUACAGCAACGACUAUUGCCUCAGCUGCGAUCAUGUUGAUGUCGAUGGCGUUGAAUGCCGCUCGGCCACUGCCACAUUCAGCAAAUCCUACUCCUUCUAUACGCUCACCUGCAACGGACCCAAUCCGUCAUAUACGGAAAUCUUGAAGGUCGACACGCCCAGCAAUAAGAAGCUCAUCGACUGGGAACUGAAUCCCGCUUAUCGUGCCAAUUUGGCGAAAAAGCUGCGUCCCAGCUAUAGAUUUAUUAAUGUCGCUCUGGCAGAUGGCAGCACUGGCAUUGCCAAGCUGGCGUUGCCACCCAAUUUCGAUGAGAGGAAGAAAUAUCCCAUGAUUGUCGUUGUUUAUGGUGGACCCAAUUCGGUGCGCGUUACAAAUUCUUUUACCGUUGGCUAUGAGGCGUUUGUUACCACCACAAGGGACAUUAUAUACGCCUAUAUCGAUGGGCGUGGCACUGGCAACAAGGGCAAAGAGCUGAUGUUCUCCGUGAACAACGAUUUGGGCGAUCAUGAGGUGGAGGAUCAACUGUUUGUCACCAAAUGGAUGCAGGACUAUCUUGGCUUUGUUGAUGCCGAACGCACAGGCAUUUGGGGUUGGAGCUAUGGCGGCUAUAUGACAGCCAAGACAAUCGAAAAGGAUAAUGACCGCAUCUUCCAGUGUGGUGUGUCUGUGGCGCCAGUUACCUCCUGGCUGUAUUAUGACACCAUCUAUACUGAGCGUUAUAUGGGCCUGCCAACGGUGGAUGACAAUCAACUCAAGUAUUCUGAGAGCAGUGCCUUUGGAAAUUUGGAUAACUUUAAGACACAUGACUUUUUGCUAAUUCAUGGCUCCGGUGAUGAUAAUGUCCAUUAUCAACACUCUCUGCUGUUGGCCAAACAACUUCAAAGAGCCGAUAUACUCUUCGAUGAGCAAACAUAUACGGAUGAGAACCACAGCAUUGGCAAUGCUCUGCCACAUUUAUAUCAUACCAUUGAUAAAUUCUGGAUCAACUGCCUUAACUUGAACAUAACUGAUGUCUGAACAAUGCCAACAGCCUCUCUAGUCAAUUAAACAUUUUAUUUUUGUAGAUUUUUUAACAAGCUCGCAAACUACGAAAGUCAUUUAAAUUGUUGCAAUAUAGAUAUUUAUAUAUAU